AAUGUUACUUAAUAGAAAUGUGACUACUUAAGCUAGUUAGCUUAGCGUAACUUGGGCAGCGAGAUAAGGAAACGCCUAGCGUUAAAAUAUUAAGUAAUUGGACUUUUAAAUUAAAUUGUCUGACGUGUGCUUUAACUUUAUGAAGUCAUUUCAAAUAUUUAACUGAUUGUGAAAGGAUUUAGGGUUUAUCUGUAUCAACUUCAUCCGAAUAGGUUUGUGUUGGGGGUUUUAAACGGCGACAACGUCACAUCUAACGUAACGUGAGAUCACGAAGGUUUAUCUCAAAGCUGGCAAUUAUAUAAAUGUUGCUCCUUGUCAAAAGUGUAUUAUUGCUGGACGAAAAAUUCGUUUUAUGAGUCUUUAUGUUCAACUCUAACAUUCCGAAUGCCUUAAAAACUGACUAGUCCACUUAUAUUACUGUGGCUUGUAUUUACUGACUUUUACAGGACGGUGUAACCCUUUACAACUUGAGUUGAGCAGUGCAUUGUGGGAUUAUAGUAUCCACAGCAGCACUUAAAGUUAAUUAAUUAUGCAAAUUGACAUUUAAGUGUACAGAAUGUUGUCAAUAUUUACCUAAACUUAUCCUGACAACUUACUGUCAUAAACAUUACGGUGCAUACACAAGCACAGACGCACUGAUAAAACUAAAGAGCAAUUUUGUUAAAUUAAGGGAAUAAUAAUGGGAGAUAAAGCCAAAUGUGUGGGUCAGCUAAGUAGAUAGUGUUUAUUUGACAAACUUUUACUUAAAUAUUUGUUUUACUCAUUUUGUAUCUUCUCUUUUUUCCCCUAUUUUUAUUAUUUAUGUCUCCAACAGUUAAGAUGCCUAUCCUGUGCAGUAACUGUGUUGACAAGCGUGCUGUGCUGAAACGUCCCAAAACAGGCCACUCGCUGUGCAAAGAGUGCUUCUUCUGGGCCUUUGAGGAGGAGGUGCAUCAGACCAUCGUGGCAGCAAAGCUGUUCAAACAUGGGGAGAAAGUGGGAAUUGCUGCCUCGGGUGGAAAGGACUCCACAGUGCUUGCGCAUUUAAUGAAGCUCUUAAAUGAGCGAUAUAACUAUGGCCUUGAACUUAUGCUUCUCUCAGUGGAUGAGGGAAUCUCUGGUUACCGAGAUGACUCCUUGGAGACCGUAAAAAGGAAUCAGCAACAGUAUGAGCUGCCAUUGAAGAUUGUGUCAUACAAGGAGCUGUAUGGCUGGACUAUGGAUGCUAUUGUGAAGCAGGUGGGACUGAAAAAUAACUGCACCUUUUGUGGAGUGUUCAGAAGACAGGCGCUAGACAGAGGAGCCAUCAUGUUGAAAGUAGACAAGAUAUGUACAGGUCACAAUGCUGAUGACGUGGCGGAGACCGUUUUGAUGAACGUCUUGCGAGGGGACAUAGCUCGUCUGCGCCGAUGCACUGCCAUCUCCACAGUCAGCGAAGGUGAAGGGGUUGUGCCGCGCUGCAAGCCCCUCAAAUAUGCGUAUGAGAAAGAGAUUGUUUUGUAUGCAUACUUUAAGAAGUUGGACUACUUUUCUACUGAAUGUAUCUACUCUCCCAAUGCUUAUCGUGGCCACGCAAGGACCUUUUUAAAGGACCUGGAGAGCAUAAGGCCGAGCUCCAUAAUGGAUAUCGUUCACUCGGGGGAGAACCUGUCGGUGCGUGAAGGGGUGAAGAUGCCUGUGCAGGGGACCUGCAACCAAUGUGGCUACAUCGCCAGCCAGGCUCUGUGUAAGUCAUGUGUGCUGCUGGAGGGGCUGAACCGAGGUCUGCCGAAGCUGGGCAUUGGCAAACACCACCGCCUGCAUGACAAAAUCCUCUCCAAGCAGCCCCUGACUGAGAAGGAGGAGAGAAAGCUGAAAUCAGUAAACUUUUGAUGAUUAUGAUCAUGUUUUAUUUGCCACAAGACGUCCAACAUUUUUUAAGUUGCCAUGGAAUAUUUUAAAAAGAAAAACUGAAACUCAGCAGUCAAGCUUCUUCACAUCAUAGAAGGUCUAUUCACUGCCGUCUUGCAGCUGAUUACCAGAGGUCACUGAGACACUAUGUAGACAUACUUUCCAAUGGUUUUAAGAAACGUAAUAUUCUUUAAUAAAAUAUUCAAUAACAGAUGAACGGUAUAUACGCACAUUAUGACACGAGAAGAUUGUAUUUUUUACUAAACAUUAGCUAUCGGCAUUACUUGGAUUUCCAAAUUCUUACACAUGCUGAAAAGAAAUGUGUGUACACCUACUAUGAAGUGUAGAAACGAGUUCUAGCAACUUUAGUUUUUAUUUAUUUAAAGUGAGAUGGUUCAAUGUUUCCACUGAUGGCACGUUUCAUUUUUUAAUGUUCCAAUCCAUCUCUCUCGGUGGAGGAUAUGCUGACAAAGUGCCACAAUUGAAUAAAUUACAGUAUCCCAUA